AUGGAUCAUGAUACGGAGAACGAAGGGAAGACUGAUUUUAUUGAUUUGGAAAAACAUUGGAGUACUAUUCUCGAAAAAGGAAUAGAUCAGUUGACUGAUGCCCAAAUAACUGGUUUGAAAUUCAGUUCCCUAGAUGAUGGUGGAGAGUUUUAUAACACAUAUGCAAAGUUGGUUGGGUUUAGUAUUCGUAAAGAUGAGAUAAAACGUAAUAAAGAUAACAUUGUGACUUCUAGAAGAUGGGUUUGUGCAAAGGAAGGGUUGCGAAUUAGGAAAAAUGAGUCCAAUGUAAAUUGCAUGCGUGAGAGACCAAUAACAAGAAGUGGUUGCAAGGCCGCUUUUCGUAUUAGGACUAUUAAGGAUUCUGAUAAGGCUCAGAUUAUAGCAUUGCAUAAUGUUGGGGUCAAAUCAAAUCAAAUCAUGGAUCAUAUGAUCCAACAAGCUGGAGGAUACGAGAAUAUAGGGUUCACUUCAAAAGAUCUCUACAAUUAUGUAGCGGCAAUUCGCAACAACAAUACGCGAGAUGGUGAUGCUGAAUGUGCUUUGGGAUAUUUACAAGCAAAAGUAGACAUGGACUCCUCAUUUUUUUUUAAAUACACUGUUGAUGAAGAAAGCCGUUUGGCUAAUCUGUUUUGGACAGAUUCUCAAAGUCGUUUAGAUUAUGCAUGUUUUGGAGAUGUAGUCGCGUUUGAUACAACAUAUAAGACAAAUGUAUACAAAAAACCCCUUGUUAUAUUGAUGGGGACAAAGCAAUGA